AUGGUGGCUGAGAUUGACCGGGCUAUGGAUCGCUACUGCAGCGACAAGUUGGUCGCAAUAAGUCGGCGGGUUGGACACAGUCUGCGUCGCCACUAUCCGGAGCCUACUGCUAGCCAUAAAGCACAAAUUCUCACGGCCACUUUCAGAGUGGACUGGAACCUGGGGGACUAUCUGCGUCGAAACUACGACGAUGGUGUUUCCCAGAACCUGGGAAGCAUAGGGGCGGUGACGGACGAUGAUUUUGCAACCGAGAGCAUCUUGGUCGACCUUAGCUGCAAUAAGGUCUGGGUGCAUGGACCGGAGCAGUUUCUGAUCACCGUCGCACAGCAGAUUGCAUGGCUUGCUGCGGCGUGCUCCUUGAAGCAGGACGGUGUCCGAUAUGCUCACGCAGUAGUGGUUGAGAGUGCGGUUGCGAGUGCGGUUGCCGAGCCGACACUCACAUGCGCGCCGAAGCUGCGGUUCGACGUCAGCGUGGAGCUCGAAAUGCCGCCUCCAUCUCGUAGCUCCCUUGGCUCCCCUGGCUCGCCAGUCAGCGGUAGCUGCUGGAAUAGCAUACUGGACCCAGCAGUCAUGGUGGUGGGCUAUCCAAUUGCGAAACGGGAUAACGGCGAGCGUGGGCUGGAAAUCCAUCCCUACCAAAUGGCCAACUUUGUCGACCUUUCCGAGGCUGUCACGCUCGACGGCGGCUAUGUUAUCAAGGGCAUGUUCCACGCCUUUGUCCCAGUUCGACGCUUUGGAAAGGGUCCGAAUGGGGGGUCCGAGUCCCUUCAGUGGCACGUCGUUUCUAGUCCCUAUCCCACACCGCUCGAGUGGGACGACAUCGUCGACCAGUGUCCCGCGCGAGAGCUGCAGCGGGACCCAGACGCAUUGUGGAAUGCGAGGAGCUAA